ACCUUCUCUGUCAACUGAGCUUGUGACAAUGGCUUGUAUCGUGGGUGGAUGGAGUGAGACAUUUCUUGCUGAUGAUAUUCAGAGCAUUUGUAAUGAGGUGAAGCCCAAAGUGGAGGAAAAGACGGGCAAGAAACAUGGAAUAUUCAGAGCCCUUAAAUACAAAGUAAAGGCUCUGUGUGGUGGAACGCACUAUCUCAUUAUGGUUUAUGUGGGAUUUGACAAUUAUUUCCAAAUUCACAUCUUCCAAGACAUUGAAGGAAGGUCUGAGGUAGAGAACGUGCAGGAAGGCCUUCACAGAUAUGAUCCCAUCAUCAUGCAUUAAAGUAAUUUGAAGCACAGCCUAAUUCAACCUCUCACUGCGUCCAGGCAGAUUUAUUUUCCAAUGUAUUAACACAUAUACAGAAUAUGAGGAUAUACAGUGUUGGAAGAAAAGAUGUUGAAUUAUUUUGUGAAAGAAAAAUAAAGAAUGAA